AUGGCGACCAAGCGCCCGAGCCCCUCCACACCGGGAACUUCGAGAGCGGCCCCAACACCGUCUCCAGAACUGAAACGGGCGUCCCAUUCGCUGCCUAACUUCCAGCUGCAACCACCUCGGAAGCUAAACAAGGCCUCGUCCGGUCCGAUAGGGAGCCCGGUUCCGACCACAGCUCCCGUGAGCCGGGCCUCUUGGGAACGCUUUGACGCCAGGGAGAACAGGCGCCUGGGCGCCGCAAGCCUCGGAGCCGUACCAGGUCACAGCCGAUGGACACCCCCUCAAGAGCCCCGCGCGCCCAGGCCAGCGUCGAGGUCCUGGUGGAAGAAGUCCUGGAGGCGACCGGCGACGCCGCCCUACAUGCGCAGCUUCGCCGCGGCCAUGCCAGCGGCGCCACGACCCGCUGCAACCGUCGCUACCAUGGGUAGGCCACCAGAACCUCGCACGCUCGCUCCUACCACCUUUCCGGGCCGCGCUGCCAUGAAUCAUGGCGACCUGCUGGAGCCACCUGGCCGCGCCGAAGCAGCACAUCCCGGUGGGUCGACGGGUCAGUUGCGCGAGGACGCCGGGUCGCAAUCGAUGCUGGUGCCGAGGCCCCCGCGCUGGGACUCGCUCUUGCGCCGCGUGCUUCGUUCGACCCGCUACGCGUUUCGACAGCGGCGCUCAUCGUCCACCUCCACUUCCCAGCAGCGCGACACGGAGACGGCCACGUCCUCUUCGUACCUGGUGCCGAGCAGCGAGGACAGCUCCAGCCGCGACAACUCCAGGCCAAAGUCGAACACGCGCAUGGUGAGGGCUCUCUUCCUCGGCCUCUUCAUGUUCGGGGCUUCCCUCCUGUGCACGACGGCUUUCAUCCGGCUGAGCGAUGCCGCCACCCGUGGGCCUCGCGGCCGGCACGGCGCCGCAGCAGCUGGGGUCUCGACCAGCCUGGCCACGGUGCAGCCCCCGGAUGACUUGGCUCGCCGCAUCGCGCCCCCGGCCGCGCCCCCGGCCGCGCCCCCGGCCGCGCCUCCGGCCGCGCCUCCGGAGCUCAACCUGCGUCCGCCAGGUGACGGCCUACCACCUGGGGCCCUGGACGACGCCCUCGUCACCGCGACGCUGGAGCCGGACAUCAAGGUCACCACCACGACCGAAGACGAGUAG